AAACCCUCGCCCUCUCUCUCUCUCUCUCUCUCUCUCCUCACCGUCCCUGCCAAUCCAACGCUCUAGAAAACGCCCAAAAGCUUCCUCUCUCUCUCUCUAAAAGAGAGGCGCCAAAAACCCUUUUGAUCUUGAAUAUCUCUCUCGAUCAUCAGAAAUUCAUCGAUUCGUAGAUAAGUGUAAAGCCCAUAAACCCUAGUCGCAAUUCGAAGAGCAGGAGAUAUCAAUCACCCCGUCCCGCCGCGGGGCUGCUGGCAAAUUCGAAUUGGAGUGACUGGGGCAGAGAGAGCCUUCGAAGCUGAUGGAGCUCCAGAACACAGUGAAAGAAGCCCUAAAUGCACUGUACCAUCAUCCCGACGAUGGCGUGCGUAUGCAAGCCGACCGGUGGCUCCAGGAUUUCCAGCACACCAUCGACGCCUGGCAGGUGGCUGACAAUUUGCUGCAUGAUCCAACGAGUAAUCUAGAAACCUUGAUAUUUUGUUCGCAGACCCUUCGGAGCAAGGUACAACGAGAUUUUGAGGAACUUCCUUCUGAAGCAUUUCGUCCGCUGAGGGAUUCGUUAAAUAACUUACUAAAAAGUUUCCACAAGGGCCCUCCCAAAGUUAGAACUCAGAUUAGUAUUGCGGUUGCUGCAUUGGCUGUGCAUGUCCCUGCUGAAGACUGGGGGGAUGGUGGCAUCGUGAAUUGGUUGAGGGAUGAGAUGAAUUCACGUCCUGAAUAUGUGCCGGGAUUUUUGGAGCUACUCACAGUACUUCCAGAGGAGGUUACAAACUACAAGAUAGCCGCUCGUCCAGAAAGGCGCCGACAAUUUGAGAAGGAGCUCUCAUCUCAAAUGGAAGUCGCUCUAAGUAUCUUGACAGCUUGUUUGAAUGUUAACGAAGUUAGAGAGCAGGUUCUUGAGGCAUUUGCGUCUUGGCUUCGACUAAGGAACGGGCUACCAGGGUUGAUGCUUGCGUCUCACCCUUUAGUACUUACUGCUCUCUCAGGCUUGACUUCAGAACUACUUUCAGAGGCAUCUGUGAAUGUUGUGUCAGAAUUGAUUCACUUUACGGCAGCAGCAAGUUCUGGUGGGGUUGGUGUACAGAUGCCUCUGAUUCAAGUUAUUGUGCCUCAAGUUAUGAGUCUAAAAUCACAGCUCAGAGAUCCUUCAAAGGAUGAGGAAGAUGUAAAAGCCAUCGCUCGUCUCUUCGCUGAUAUGGGCGAUUCCUAUGUUGAACUGAUUGCAACUGGUUCUGAAGAAUCGAUGUUAAUAGUGCAUGCUUUGCUGGAAGUUGCUUCUCACCCUGAAUUCGAUAUUGCGUCAAUGACAUUCAACUUUUGGCACAAUCUUCAGGUUAACUUGACCAGAAGGGACUCUUAUGCUUCAUUACCAAAUGAAGCAACAAUUGAAGCUGAAAGAAACCGCAGGCUACAUAUUUUUCGGUCAGCCUAUGAAUCACUCGUUUCUCUGGUUAGCUUUCGGGUUCAGUAUCCACAUGACUAUCAAGACCUCUCACACGAGGACCUCAAGGAAUUUAAGCAUACUAGAUUUGCUGUUGCGGAUGUAUUGAUCGAUGCAGCAUCAGUUUUGGGUGGUGACACUACUCUGAAGAUUCUCUAUGUAAAGCUCAUGGAGGCUGUAGCAUGUUGUCCAAAUGGUGAGCAGAGCCAAUGGCGUCCAGCAGAGGCUGCUUUAUUUUGCAUCCAUGCGAUAUCGAAUUAUGUUUCAGUUGAUGAAGCAGAAGUUAUGCCCUCGAUUAUGGCUUUGCUGCCAAAGCUUCCUCAGCAGCCAGAACUCCUUCAAACUGUGUGCUUGACAAUUGGAGCUUAUUCAAAAUGGCUUGAUGCUGCGUCAAGUGGACACUCUAUAUUGCCUCUGGUCAUAGAUAUUCUUCUGAGUGGAAUGGGCACAUCUGAAGAUUCUGCCGCAGCUGCAGCUCUUGCAUUCAGGCAUCUCUGUGAUGAUUGUCGAAGAAAGCUCUGUGGAUGUUUGGAUGGCCUUUUUCAUGUAUAUCAUAGAGCAGUUAGUGGUGAAUUCAAAGUCUCUGCGGAUGACUCGUUGCAUUUAGUUGAGGCGUUAAGUGUUGUCAUAACAGAGCUUCCUCCUGAUCAUGCAAAGAAAGCUUUAGAAGCAUUAUGCCUGCCUGUUGUUACACAUUUACAGGAGAUCAUAAACCAGGGUCCAGAAGUAGUUGAGAAGAAACAUGCUCGUGAUUUAACUGUCCAUAUUGAUCGGUUUGCCUACAUUUUUAGAUAUGUGAAUCAUCCUGAAGCUGUGGCAGAUGCUAUUCAGAGGCUCUGGCCAAUUCUCAAAGCAAUCUUUGAUCUUCGUGCUUGGGACAUGCGAACGAUGGAAUCUCUUUGCCGUGCUUGUAAAUACGCUGUUAGAACUUCUAAGAGGUUCAUGGGGAUCACAAUAGGUGUGAUGCUGGAAGAAAUACAAGGGCUAUAUAAACAGCAUCAUCAGCCUUGUUUUCUCUAUCUGUCUAGUGAAGUUAUUAAGAUUUUUGGUUCCGAUCCUUCAUGUUCAACCUAUUUAAAAAAUUUGAUUGAAGUGCUUUUUAAGCAGACGACGUGCCUUCUCCCCAACAUCAAGGAGUUCACUGCUAGACCAGAUAUAGCCGAUGAUUGCUUUUUAUUAGCAUCAAGAUGCAUUCGCUAUUGUCCGCAGUUAUUCAUACCAUCAGAUGUAUUUCCUUCCUUGGUUGAUUGUUCAUUGAUGGGGAUUACUGUUCAACACAGGUUUGGCUUUCUCUCUCUCUCUCUCUCUCUCUCUCUCUCUACUCUCUAAUUAUGGAAGCACUAUGUGCCUUGUAAUGAGCAAUGUUUAGCACAAGUGCAAACUUCCAAGGGGGAGGAGAAGAGCAAAUUCUGCCGGCUCAGUGCGCUGCUCCUUUUCUCUUUCACUCCAAUAUCCAUUUUGAAAAAAGUUUCUUGUAAAGUAAGCCUAUGUACAUUGGACCUAAAGUGGUCCGACCCUUUCCUGGUCCCUGCUCAUAGUGGGACCUUCGCGCCCUAGGCUUCCUUUUUCGGUUGUCCUCAUAGUCUAGGAACUAAUUUCCUGGGGAACUUCUUGAUCUCCCCACUGCUUCUGAAAGCGUGCAAUAUCAUAUUUGGCACUCUAAUUGCUGUCGCCGUUUUCUGGUUUCAAUCAUGUGAGUGAUGUCGUCAUUUUUCAAUUGAAGCCAAAAAUGCUAGUCUCACUGGGGAUAAAUCUGUAAAACUGCUUCUUCCACGUUAUUAUACCACUUGAGAGCAUGAAAACUCUCUCUCUCUCUCUCUCUCUCACGAAACAUUUAUCAGCCUGUAAAUUCACAAGGUGUAUGUGGUGUUUGGGUUUUAUCAGUUCAAUACCGGUUGAAUGUGGUUGGACCAUGUUGACUUGACUCAAAGACGUUAAAUACCAAAUUACUGAAAUUAUGUGAAAAUGAAAGAGAUGAUUCAUAAGAUUGAUUUAAGAAACUCCCCACAAGGGGAGCCUCUGGAGCAUCUUAUGCUCCAUAUAAGUUUGGAAAGAGGAUAUAAUCAUUUUCUCAUCGUGUGCAUUUUGAACACAAUGUUUGUUGCUGAUCAUCCACGAUCGUGCAUUUUUGUUGUGAAAUUCUUUAUUAGUGUCUAUUGAGAAGGUAAGCUGCUUCUGAACUAUGAUUAUUUGUCAAUUUUGUUU